AUGCCUCCUCCGCUCAUCGACGUGCAGAUCAUUCGCGCCGGCGACGGCAAGUACUACCCGAAGCCAGGCGAGACGGUCGCGAUCCACUACACGAUCAAGCUCGCGAGCGGAAAGGAGGUGGACAACACGUACAAGCGGAAGCAGCCGUUCCGGUUCAAGGUCGCGUGCGGGCAGGUCGUGAAAGGGUGGGACGCCGCGGUCACGCAGCUGAGCGUGGGGGAGAAAGCGACGUGCGUGUUCCCGGCGCGGCUGGCGUACGGUGAGAAAGGGUUUCCGGGUUUGAUACCGAAGAACGCGGAGCUUCACGUCACGCUCGAGCUCGUCGCGAUAUCGAUGGGGGACUGA